CGCAGCUGGAAGGGCAGCGCCGGGCGAGGCAGGCGAGGUGGGGCGGGGCGGGGCGCCACUGGAAAGGGAGGCCGGGCAGCCGGGGACCGUCCGGAGCCGCUCGAGCAGCGCCUGCCGCCAUGGGGCUGGAGACCGAAAAGGCCGACGUGCAGCUCUUCAUGGACGACGACGCCUAUAGCCACCACAGCGGCGUCGACUACGCCGACCCCGAGAAGUGCGUGGACUCGGGCCACGAUCGCGACCCGCGCCAACUCAACUCGCAUCUCAAGCUGGGCUUCGAGGAUGUGAUCGCAGAGCCUGUGACUACGCAUUCCUUUGACAAAGUGUGGAUCUGCAGCCAUGCCCUCUUUGAAAUCAGCAAGUACGUGAUCUACAAGUUCCUGACCGUGUUCCUGGCCGUCCCCUUAGCCUUCGCCGCGGGGAUACUGUUUGCCACCCUCAGCUGUCUACACAUCUGGAUUUUAAUGCCUUUUGUGAAGACCUGCCUAAUGGUUCUGCCUUCAGUGCAGACGAUAUGGAAAAGUGUGACAGAUGCUGUGAUUACCCCAUUGUGUACCAGCGUAGGACGCAGCUUCUCUUCCAUCAGCAUGCAACUGAGCCAUGACUGAACACUUAGACCCAUGUCCAGAGCUUUGGAUACUGUGCAACUUUGUUGUUGUAACAUAAAAGCACUACUGUUCUGUCAACUUCCCAACCGUUAUUAAGAAGACUGUUAAGAUGAGUACCCACAUUUAUCAAUGUUCACAGAUAAAUCUUUUCAAAUAACACCUUUCCCAUUACUACCCAAUUUUAUAACAAGAGUUAUACGGUAUUGGCAACACUUAAAGACAGUUUUUGCUUUAGUACAAAAUAUACGUUUUAUACAGAUGAUUUGAUAAUGGUCAAGGGGCAGUUUCCUCAAAAUAUUACAAUAAUUUUGUGCAGAAUUGCCCACAAAAGUAUGGAAUUUGUUAUUUUCUUUUUCCCUUGGAGUAAUGCUUUUAAAAUUACUUUUACAGAUAUCGUCAUAGGGAUAUCUAGAGGUAAUAUAUACAAACAUUCUAGAAAUACCAGGCAGUAAGAAAAGCACAUAGUGAUGACAGUAACUAUCAAAUAUAAUUAACAAAUAAAUGUGAAAAUAGAUUCAUGAAAAUGUGUUUCUCUAAGAUAUUAGCCUGUAAGCCUAUUUAACAAGGUAUUUCAUUUUGCUGUAUAUUUUGUACUUAAUGUAAAUGUUGCUCUAAUCAGAUUGCUUUAAAGCAUUUCAUGUUUGUCAUCUUAUUGAUCUAAUAUAACAAGGUAAUAUAUCUCCUGCAAGGUAACUUCAUUGGUAAGAGUGCACUGUCAUAUCUAAGUACCUACAUAGCUUCUUUGGAAUGGAAUGUAAAAAUGUUAUGUGUAGCUUUCCCUUCUAACUUCCUAAGCAAAUGCUUUAUGACUGAUGUUCAUCUGACUAAGAUUGUAAAAUAAUUCAUAUGUAGUUGGUAUUUUGUCUACUAGAUGUUUUCUCUCACAUAGUUAGAAAUUUAAUCUGUAUUCUACAUUCCUAUGAUGCUUCACUUUACUUUCAAGUAAUAUUGGUGCUAUUAAAUAACAUUUUAUGAUAAAGGCUAUUUCUAACACCCAAGCACAAUUUCUACUAUAAUGAUUCAUGCAGAGAGACUUAUAAGACAUUUCUCAAUUCUGAGGGUUUAUGAAACUAAGCUACAUGCGUAAGUUAAAAACUCAUAGCUACAAAUUUUCAGAUGUUCUCUAGUAUGAAUUUCAUAAUCCCAUAUGAAGUUACCUUCACCCUUUUUAAAUUGUAGAGCCCUUUUUAAUGUUGACUCACAUUUGCUUUUUUAAAAAUCAUAUUGUUCUUAAAUGAUCAGCAUGCAAAAAGUGUCUACAGUAUACUUGGACUUACUAUAAUUUUUACAUCCUAAAAGUGUAUAAAUGUUCAAAUUUCAGAAUUACUAUCAGAACCUGAAUUAACAUUGUUUGACUAUCCUCAUAAGUGCUAAAUCUUCAUUCAGUAAAAAUUAAUAAGAUUUUCCCAAAUUUCUAGUUCUUGUCAGUGUAAAAGACAGUUGAACUGGAAUUCUAUUGCAAAUCAAAUCAGAAGAUUAUAUCAAAUGACUAAGUUAUGCAGCUCAUAUCCUUCUGAAGGAAGUUAAAAAAAAAAGAGAGAGAGAUUUCAAAAUGUCCUUAGGAUUAUGUAACAUCCUCAGAAAGACAGAUGUUAAUAGCCAUGAAGCAUGGCCACUAACUUGACUAUACAGAUUGUAUUAUGCUAAUUUUAAAAGCCAGUCUCUUGGCUUUAUAGUUAUACUUGGUAGUUUAAAUUUUUAAACAGAUAUGUUGUUUAGCCAAAAAUACUUGGUUAAUAAAGUUGCUUUUAAUAAAUUAUAAGCUUUGACCUUUUCAAAUAGUUUUGGCAAAUUUUUAAGACAAAUAUAUACACAUAUAAAUAACAAAGCCUUCUAAUAUAUAUGAUUUCCUUAUUUUUGAAUACUAUUGAUUACUUUCUAAUGAAUUUUUAUUGAAGCUUUUCACAAGUUAUUUCAUUUCCAAGUCUUAAAUUAUGAAUAAACUGAAUCAAAGUUUAAUAUGAAAGUCCAUUGCUUUUUUUUAAAUCUGGGGCAGUUGGAAUCUAGAGACAAAAAAUUUUCUCAUUACCCAUAAUAAACUGCCUAUACCCAGUAAAUGUUCAUUGAUUUUAUUACAUUUUAUCUUUCUGUUGCUUGUUUAAUAUACAUAAAACUGAUCAUUAACAAUUUCAACCUAACCUUAACUUAUUUAAAGCUCAAAUAACAAAAAUACGAGUCAUUGUUCAGGAAUGUAUUAUUUGUGGAGCUGGGGAGAUGGCUCAGUGGUUAAAGCUCUUGCCAUGUAAGCAUGAGGACCUGAGUUCAGAUGCUUAGAACCCAUUGCUCCAAAAGUGGAGGUGGGAUACCUAGGGCCAGCUGGCUAGCCAAAGCAGUCACAGUGGUGAGCUCGGAGUUCAGCUGAGAGAGCACGCAUGUGACAUGCAUAUAAACACACACCAUAUACUUAAAUACACAUGCGAAAAAAGGAUUUUUUAAUUUUUAAAAAAAUUAUAACACUGAUAAUUUAGUUCUUUCUUUA